AUGAUAAAAGACGAACAACCGUCUACAUCCACACAAACAACUGCUGAGAAGAGCUACGUAUUUUCUGCAAGCACAGGUUGGAUGAGGGGAUUUCUCCAUAGGCAUGCGCUUCAUAACAUAAAAAUCAAGGGCGAGAUUGCUUCUGGAGAUCAGAAAGCCGCCGAAGAAUACCAACUAAAACUUAAAAAUAAUAGCGGAUGGUGGAUACAGUCCAGAUCAGCAUGGGUGACGACUACAGUUUUCACAGAAUGGUUCAUUAAAUAUUUUGUGCCAGAAACUAGAAAAUAUUUGAAUGAAAAGGGCUUAGAAUUUAAAGUUCUUCUGUUGGUAGACAAUGCACCCGGGCAUCCUCAGUUGGAACACGAAAAUGUACAAGUUUUGUUCCUGCCACCAAAUACCACAUCCCUAAUCCAACCACUGGACCAAGGAAUUAUCGCAACAUUCAAAACUUAUUAUAUCAAACGAACAUUCCACAUUGUCAGAUUUACGACCAUCAACCUUAAACGGAUGUUGGAGAGCAAUUUGGCCAGAAUGUGUAAAAGUAAAAAUCCUGUGGAGAAAAAUACAAACGAAUAUCCCAAUAUAAUUGCUUUAGCACACGCAGUUGGUGGGGAGGGUUUUGAUGACUUGGUAUCUGAUGACAUUGAUGAACUGAUGAUUGAUAAAGUUCUUAGCGAAGACGAAAUAUUACAUUUUGCCUCACAGAAUGCUGAUGUUAUAGAAAGCAGUGAUAGUGAAGAACCUGUAAAAUUAACUGAAAAUUUAAUUCAAGAAGGGCUUCAACUUGCAAAUAAAUUAGGACACCAUUUCGUCAAAAAUGAUCCCAAUGUCGAAAGAGCUGCACAAUUCCAACGUGAGCUGAAUUCUUGUAUGGCUCGUUACAAAGAAUUAUACAAAGAGGUAGCAAGAAUUGGCGAACAACGGCUCAUAACAGAGUUCAUUUUUCAAAAUGUAGAUGCCGAACGAGCAAGAGAAAGUCCAGUUCAAAAUUAUUCCAGCGAUGAUAGUGAAUGUAUACGCGUUCGAAGCAAGCGAAUGCGAAUAACUGAUGACGACAGCAAUUAA